GCUUCUGUGGUUUGGCUUCACCUUGGGGCAGCCCCACGAGGUCCCAGCUCAGUAUAUACCCAGCUGCCCGCCAGCCCCCCAGCUCAUGCUGAGCCCACCGGAGCAGCACACACCACAGCAGCAAGAUGCUGGUGCUGUUGGGUCUGCUGCUGUUCCUGACUCCUGCAGAUGCUCUGACUGCCUUCCCCCCGAAGUAUCAGGUGGGGAAACUGAAUGGGGACGUGGUGUUGAAAUGCAACACCUCGGAGCAGCAAGUGACCUGGACACAGAAUGGGGAGACGGAGCCCAUGGCCGAGGUCGUGGCCAGUGGACAGACUCUCACCAUCCAUGGCUUGGACAUGCCAGCCACGGGCAACUACAGCUGCUGGGCCGGCAACGUCCUGCUGGACUCCACCUACGUGGUGGUCAGCAGCACCCGCGAGGAGCAGAUGAACAUCUCCUGCCAGGCUGAGUCCUACCAAGGCUCCUUCCACUGCUCCUGGAUCAGCGACCACUCUGCCAUCUUCCGUGCCCGCCUCACACACAGUGAUGGCUCCUUGGGGGAGUGGGUGCUGGUGGCCGGCCACCGCGGCCAGUUCAGUGUCAGCUUUGUGGACGCCUCCUUCUGCCCCUUCGCUGAGGAGCUGCACCCACUGCAACUGCAGCUGGAGGGGCUCUCGAACACCUCCCACAUCAACUUCUCCAUCCCCUUCUUCGUCCGUGACAUCGUGCGGCCCAACCCACCACAGGGGCUGACCGUGCAGCGGCAGGGGGACCAGCUCCACCUGGCCUGGGCCCCCCCGGCUUCCUGGCCACUCCCCAAGUCCUACUUCACUCUGCUUUACUGGCUGCAGUAUGAACUCCCCAACGGCACCCAGGUUGACAAGUACAUGGAGGACGCAGAGGUGUGGCUGCAGGAGCGCGUACAGCGGGUGCGCAUCAGCUGCCAGGACCCCUACGCCAGCCACGCCUGGAGCCCCUGGAGCGCCUGGCAGGACAUCGAUGCAGCCCAGAAGCACCGGCUCAGAGUCCACUGACCGUGUGCACGGACACCCCCUUCCCCCUCGCACCCAUCCCCUACCCCGCUGCACCUCCAUGAGCACA